CAUUUGGUAGGUUGGGCAUCGAGCCGGAUGAGGAAGAGAUGAGUUUUUAUGUGCUAGCGAAACAUCGCCAGUUGUUUAGAAGCGUUUACUAUGGGACAUUUUAUUAAUGUAGAUUAUUUCAUAUAGGUGUUAAAAAUCAGGGCGAAGAAGAAUUUUCGAGCUGAGGUUGAAGUGCUGAGUGUCGGUCAUGUUGGAUCACACUGACAUGAGUCUAAGCCCAGAGGAGCGAGUGCGUGCUCUCACUAAGAAGGGCAGUGCGGUGGAGGUGAACGAGGCUGUGCCGGUGCGCCGAUACUUUCGCUCAGGGAUGGAGAUGAUCCGCAUGGCACACGUGUACGGCGAGGAGGCCAAUCUGGAGCAUGCCUUUGUCCUCUACAACAAAUACAUCACGCUCUUCAUCGAGAAACUCCCCAAACAUCCUGAGUACAAGUUAUCCAACAUCCCUGAGAAAAAGGACACACUGAAGAAGCUGAAGGAUGUGGCGUUUCCUCAGGCUGAGGAACUGAAGAAAUGUCUGCUGAGGAGAUAUGAGAAAGAGUACACAGAGUAUCUCACUAAGAAGCGGGAGGAGGAGGCAGCAGUGCAGCGUGAGUUGACGAGGCAGAAGGAGCUGGAUGCCGAGAGGAAGCGUGUUUCCGAGCUGCAGAGGCGGCAGGAGGAGCAGCAGCAGUUCAACAUGUUUGAGGAGAUGAUCCGGCGUCAGGAGCUGGAGCGAGAGCGGCAGCGCGUCCUACAGGAGUUCGGCGGUCCCGUCUCCCCUCCGCACCACACCCCGCUCAUCCCUGGCAUCCAGGGCCCGCCUCCACCUUACCCGUCAUCCCCUACACCACCCCAGAGCCCGGCAUAUCCCUCCACUAAUCACAGCACGGCACCAGCACCGAGCACACCCACUCCAGUGCCUCCUACAUUUGAUCGCACGGUUAAACCGGGUUCUCUGAACAAGUCAGACAACAGUACGCCGGUGGACGGAUUGCGGCAGGUCACUGUCCCCGCCGAGCUCUGCUCCAAGUUCCUGCAGCUGGCCAACAGCAACACGAUGCGAGCCGUGGAGACGUGUGGGAUCCUCUGCGGAAAACUGACAAGGAACGCGUUCACGAUAACGCACGUGAUCGUCCCGAAGCAGAGCGGCGGUCCCGAUUACUGCGACACAGAGAACGAGGAGGAGCUGUUUCUAGUGCAGGACCAGCACAACCUCAUCACGCUCGGCUGGAUACAUACUCACCCGACUCAGACGGCCUUCCUCUCCAGCGUCGAUCUUCACACUCACUGCUCCUACCAGCUGAUGUUGCCUGAAGCCAUCGCCAUCGUCUGCUCGCCCAAAUUCAACGAGACGGGCUACUUCAGACUAACUGACUACGGCAUGGAGGAAAUUUCCACCUGCACACAGAAAGGCUUUCACCCUCACCCCAAAGAGCCCCCUCUCUUUAUCAACGGCAGCCAUGUCGUGAUCACAGAAGGCGCCGUCACCAUGAUGGACCUGCGCUGAUUGACUCCUACAGUGGAACAAACAAAGAGCUUUUGACCCUGAGAGCAAAAACUAAUCUAUUACCCAUAACAUGCUACGUGGACCAGCACUGGCUAGAAGCGAGACAAACGAUUACUGUGGGAUUUCGUUUGAACGGACGUCUGCGACUGUCUGCUUGAAGCACUUUCGAAAAGCGAAAACCCGUCAUACCCAAAAAAGGUGCCGUAACACCGUCCGCUUAGGAAGCACAGAGAAGUUCACUCGCAUCUACUACGAUGGAACCGAACUGUUGAUCUGUUUUGUCCAUUAUGUAAAUUGUGCUUGUCCUUCAGUGUCAUGAUGUCGGUGUUGUAUCUGGUGGCGAUGUGUCUGACACUAAUUCAUUCAUGUAAAUAACAUUAAAGCAACAAGGUGAUUUUAAACCUGC